AUGGCCAGCUCUGACGAAAAGAAGAGCAAAUUCUGCGAGGACCUACACGCCCUCCUGCUGACUGUACCGAACCCGGACGAGUUGACUGUCCUUGGUAAUUUCAAUGUCCGUGUCAGGACAGAGCACACUACCUGGAAGAGAGUGUUGGGUCCCCAUGGAACUAACGACUGCAGCGCCAACGACCUCCUCCUUCUGCGAACCUGCGCAGAAGACUGUAGCAGUUCGCGUCUCCCUGCUCCGCCUUUGUCACACUGCCGUCCUGCCCGCCUCACACUCCUUGUCGAUACGCUGCUGGGACGCGCGAGGCUCGUCACUAGCCUCGCGAGUGCUCCAAGCCAAGCAACGCUGUCCCAACUCUGA